CGCGAAUGCGCCUUCUUGAUCGACCAUAGCCACCAUGGAUGCUGCUGAAUCAGUCAUGGCUGUGGAUGACGGGUCGGCAAUCCCGAUGGGAGGUGAAGGAGGGGAGUACGAAAGUGGAAUAGCGCGAAGAGAGAGGUCUUGCCGCGACGAGGGGAAAGAUUCGGCCUGCAAUGCAUGUAGCCACAAUGAAGGGCAAGGUUCAGGAUCACCAGCAGCGAGUAGCGGGAAGCAGCAGAGUGGGGCGAAGAGGAAGCAGGAAGCCCCAGUUGAUGGACAUUGGAACGAUCUCGCAGCGAUCCGAUAUGGCGGCGAUGAGGAGGCUUGCCUCCCGUCGGGUGCGGCGGGGCCAACCGCGUCCUCCCCUAGCCAGGCGAAAAGGCUAUGCUUGAACGAUGGAGACUCCCCAACAGAUGGUGGUGUGCACGAUGGAGACUCCUUAGCAGAUGGUGGUGUGCAGUCUGCUGCCACAGGAGAGGAUGGCGGUCCAGAAGACAAUGCUCAUGCUAUGGGUACAAGCGCCAUCGUUAGGGGCGAUGGUGGUAUUGACAAGGAAGGGGGUGGUGGCAACGGUGGGGCACAUGCUGCUCCUUGGUCGGAGAGGGUAUGCGGUGAAGAAGAAGAAGAAGAAGAUCGUAAACCCGUUGGGAGUACCGAUUCGCCGGCCGUCGUCAUGGCGGCGAACGGCGCCCGCCGUGCUAACUAUGAGGCCUUCCCCCCCAACGGCAGCGAUGGUGGCGCCAGGGAAACCGCGCGGAAACCCGGGGAGGAGGGGGCAGCGGCGCACCCCUCCCCUCCGCCUACGAAGCGGGUAUGCUUGCAGGAAGACCGUGCGUUUGUGAACAGCGAUGAAGAUCGAGAUGGGGAUGGCGAGGACGAGGAUGGGGAGCAGAUGGGACCGAAGACGAUGAUGGCGUCGGCAUCGCCGUCAGCUUCUCUCUCUCCUGAUCCUCCUAUCGUUCGGUACAAGAGAAGGAAAGUGGCCCUGUUUCUUGCGUACGUCGGCGCUGGGUUCUCGGGCAUGCAGAGAAAUCCCGGUGCGCGUACCAUCGAGGGAGAAUUGGAGGCGGCGCUCUUCAAGGUCGGCGCCAUCUCGUCCACCGAUUUCGGCAAUCCGAAGAAGAUCCAAUGGAUGAGAGCCGCUCGAACGGACAAGGGUGUUAGUGCCAUCGGCCAAGUGGUCUCUGCGAAGCUAGCCACCGAUCCCCCUGGUUUUGCCGACAGAUUGAAUAAAGCCCUUCCCCCUCAAGUGGUCUGCCUGGGGUACAAGAGAGUCACUGCAUCGUUCAGUGCGUACACGAUGUGCGACGGCCGUCGAUACGAGUACGUGCUACCUGCUUUCGCCUUUGAUUCGACGCUAAAUCUUGGUCGUACAGUGUUUGUCAACAGAGAAGACAGAAAGAAGAUUGCUCCUGCAAACAAAGAGAUGAAGAAAGACGAUGAUGAUUCUGUUGUUAACCUCCUCGAAGUUGGCGUCCAGUGCGGCGGUGGCGACGGCGAUGGCGAUGGCACGGCGUCGCUCGCCCGUGCGAGUGGAAUCGCUGCACAGCCGUCCGAGGGCCAAGAUCGAGAGCAAGUGUUGAAAGAAGAAGGGGAAGACAUCAAACAUGACAGCCAUGUGGAUGGCGAAAGUGUGGAAACGAGGGUGGAAACGAGGGAGGAGACACCCCCCCCUGCUGCUGUUUCUGUUGACGACAAUAAUUAUAAUGCUCAUCCCGAGAAGAAAGCUGACGUGGGGGAAAAGAGAGAAGAAGAGGAUGAAGCACAGAAGGGAGUAGAUGGAAAAGACGAUAACUCGAUAUGCCGGGAUCUGGAUGGAGCAAAAGGAGGAGGAACCGGUCUGGAUCCCGAUGGAUCAGGUAAAAGAGGAGGAGGCACGGAAGCAAGUGUAGGAGGAAGAGGGAGAACGGAAACAGGUGUGGUCGCAGUAGCAGUAGCAGAAGGAGGGGCAGAGGGAGGAGGAGGAGGGAUGGAAACAGAUGCAGGAGGAGGAGGAGGAGGGGGAGGAGGAAUGGAAACAGGUGUAGUGAGAGGAGGAGGAGGAGGAGGAGGAGGAGAAGUGGAAACAGGUGUGGUAGCAGUAGGAGGAUGUGGAGGAGGAGGAGGAGGAGGAGGAGGAGGAGGAGGAGGGGCAGAGGGAGGAGGAAGAGACUGUGAUUCUCGUCUUAACGUUGAAAGUGAACUAGUUUCUGGAUCUCUUUCUGCUUCUCAUCAACCUCCUCCUCCUCCUCCUCUUCUGUCUUCUUCUGAUUUGAUCACCGCUGCUGAGUCAGCAAAGUGUACGGCCAGUGAGUUUCGGUUCGAUGAUGCACUGCACGCGAAGCUGAAACGUGUGCUACGCAAGUUUGUCGGGACACACAACUUUUACAACUACACGACAAAAGUAUCUCCGACUGAUCCCAGCGCUAAACGCUAUAUAGUGUCAUUCGAUGCGAGCAAGCCUUUUGAAAUGGACGGCAUGGAGUUUGUCAGCCUGACUGUUGUUGGCCAGAGUUUCAUGAUGCACCAGAUUCGAAAGAUGGUGGGGCUUGCGGUAGCCAUCACGCGGGGCUGCGCUGAUGAGAGCUUGAUCGACAUGUCUUUUCGCAGAGACCAGCAAAUGGUCGUUCCUAUGGCGCCGGACCUCGGAUUGCUGCUCGACGAAUGCUUCUACACAGCGUACAACAACAGGUUCUCUAGAACACACGAUGAGCUCAGCUUGAGAUCGUACCAAAAACAGGUUGACGACUUCAAAAAACAGUUUGUGUACCCUCACAUUGCCCGCACCGAGAAGGAAUCGGAAACAGUGGCUGUCUGGCUCAAAUCUCUCAACGACUCUAAUUAUCCCGCAUUCAAUCUCGCCAAACCCAAGGAGUCUGCUGACUCCUGACUAGUUUUGUUUUUCAAAAAAACACUUCCCCCCCCCUUUUUUAGUCCGUUGUUUUGUGUGUGUGUGUGUGUGUGUGUGUGUGUGUUGAGGAGCGGGAUUGGGGGGGAGGGAUCACGUUUGGCAUGUACAGCUGCAAGAAAAGGACAGUCGCCCACUUGUUGGGAAGUUAAGUCGACCUUCGAUAGUUUGUGUCCAGUAUGCAGCACUAUACGUUGACGGGUGCUUUGGGAUACACCAGCUUUUUGUGUGUGUGCAUGUGUGCAAACGGAGAGAGAGAGAGAGAGAGAGAGAGAGAGAGAGAGAGAGAGAGAGUGUCCAGUUACUCAGUAUGCAAUACUAUGCAUGGGUGGGUGCCGUCAGAUACACCAGCUUUUGUAUGUGUGCAUAUGCCCAAACGCGGGUUGGGGGGGGAAGGGGAGAGAGAGAGAGAGAGGGGGGGGGGGAAAUCAGGGUGGUAGGGACAAAUUCACGUAAUGUCUAGGUUCAGACACUCCCGGAGACUUUUUCGUUAGCGAAUUUGUCUUUCUAUUAAUGUUAUGUUGCACAACAUGGAGUUGUGAGCAAGGUUGAAAUAAAUGGCUUCAAAUUUU